AUGCAGCAGAACGCUGUGAUUUUCGAUGAAAUCGAACUCACCGACCUGUGCCUAGCCGAGUGUUCAACAAAAAACAUCAAUCACAGUUUUCAGGUGAUAACCCCUUUCCGAUCAUUGGUGCUUUGCUGCGAAUCCAGAAGGGAAAUGGAAGAGUGGCUUGGCGCGCUCACUGCCGCUUCCCAGCGCCUAUACCACGAACCGGAACAGCCGGAUUGCCUUUCAGGACAACACCACUGGUAUGCGACGUCUCACGCCAGACCGACGUACUGCAACGUGUGCAGGGAGGCGCUGAGCGGCGUCACCAGCCACGGGCUCUCCUGCGAGGUGUGCAAGAGCAAGGUGCACAAGCGAUGCGCCGCGAAGGCCAUCACCAACUGCAAAUGGACCACGCUGGCCUCCGUCGGAAAGGACAUCGUGGAGAAUUUCGACGGGACAAUAACAAUGCCUCACCAGUGGAUGGAAGGGAAUUUGCCCGUUUCGGCGAAAUGCGCUGUUUGUGAUAAAAACUGUGGUUCUGUUCUUAGGUUACAAGACUGGCGAUGCCUGUGGUGCAGGGCGACGGUGCACACGCAGUGCAGGCCCCACAUCCAGACGCGGUGCCCGCUGGGGCCGGCUCGGGUCAGCGUCGUGCCGCCCACGGCGCUGCACUCGAUCCAGGAUGAAGCCUGGGAGGCGGUGCGGCCGCAGGCUUCCUCCCCCCUUUUGGUGUUUGUUAAUUCUAAGUCAGGUGAUAAUCAAGGCGUCAAAUUCCUGCGAAAGUUCAAGCAGCUACUGAACCCCGCGCAGGUGUUCGACUUGAUCUCGACGGGGCCCCGCUUGGGGCUGAAGCUCUUUCGACACUUCGAUCCAUUCCGAAUUUUAGUUUGUAGCGGGGACGGCUCUGUCGGCUGGGUCCUUUCCGAAAUCGAUAAAUUAGAUAUGCACAAACAGUGCCAAGUAGCAGUAUUACCUUUAGGAACUGGGAACGAUUUAGCAAGAGUACUGGGCUGGGGAUCUUCCUGCGACGACGACACCCACUUGCCGCAGCUGCUCGAGAAAUACGAAAAAGCCAGUACGAAAAUGUUAGAUAGAUGGAGCAUAAUGGCUUUCGAACGGACAAUCGCCAUGCCGAAAUUAUCGCUGACCCCAGGACUGCACGACGGUCAAUUACACACUCAAAUAAGCCAAUACGAGGACUCGCUGGUCAAUCACCUGCAAAACAUUCUCCAAUCCGACGAGACUUCCGUCAUCCUGAAUUCCGCCAAACGUCUAUGCGAAACAGUCAAAGAUUUCGCUACGCAAUUGAUGGAGAGUUCCCUUACACAAGGUGACGAGCAGCUAGCCAAAAAGUGUGAUAUUUUGCAACAGAAAUUAGAAUUACUAUUGAAAACGCUGACGAGCGAGCAAAUCGACGCGACCACCAUCACCCAGCAGCAGUCCUUCGACGAGCCGGAGGGUCCCCGGCCCGGCAUGGUGACCAGCACCAGCAAAAGCACCGAAGACACCGACAGCGAAAUCUCCUUCGACAAAAUGCGAACCGACAAAGUCGAAAAGGACCUCAGCAACUUCAAUUUCAGGAAACACCGAAGGACGUCGAGGUUCAUGGAGCGAGAGAAAGACGCCCUGAUCCACAGGGCCAACAGCCUGAAGAGGGCCAUUCGAAACCUGGUCGAGCACACCGAGCAGGUGGUCGACGAGCAAAACAGACAAUCAUCCUUAGCAAUACCAGCCGUCAAGAUAUCUCUGAGCAGCGAUUUGGAUAAAGUGGAAUCGCCCGGACCGACGACCAAGAGAGACUCCCUGAAACCGAUGCCUACUAUAGAGUCGGGCGGUAGCACCGACAUCAGCUCGUGCCCUUCCCCGACGGGCUCUAUUAUCACGACAAGACUGGUGAAUAUAUCCCCGUUGCCGGACGUCAGGCGCGAUUCCACCUUCGGAGCCGAAGAGAGCGAUUUACUCACCCUACCGGUACCGGAAGGUUUCGCCGACAGCCGCAGGGCGAGCCAAGUGCAACAGCAAAAGUUUAUCGUGGUUAGCGCGGAGGCGAGCACCGAAAGAACCCUCGCCGAGACGGCGACGUCGCUGAUGAAGCUGGAAAUGGAGCAGAACACCAUAAAGGAAGAGACCGAAAAGGAGAUAUCGCCGCCGGCCAGCAAGCGGCCCGACGAGCCGGGCGAUAAGGGCGCGUGCGCCGACGACGACAAGGAAUGCAGCAGCAUCCUGUCGGUGCUGUCGAACGAAGAAGUAAGCAUUACGUCCGAAAUCCUCGAUCAAAAGUCGUUCGUGCCGCGCAAAGACAGCGACGGCGAGGAUUUGAACGGGCACAUAUGCCACAUAGACUCCCCCGAAACUGACACUUACCAGUCCACAUCGGACGUCAUCCAUGGUGAGUCUUUAAUGGAUGAUAUUAGUUCCAUGUUAGGUGAAGUGUAUGGAUACGGUCUGGAUAGUGUUGACAAUACUUACACUGACGACACGACGUUGUUUCCGAGCGAUAUAGAGCGAAAGAUGAGCCUCAAAAAGGACUCGUUGGAGCGCAAGCUCUCCGAAAAGAAGCGCCGCACAUCCAGGGCUAAAAUAGAGCCGGUUUUGAACGUCGAAGAGGUCACGGAAUGCGGAUUCGAAAACACGGCCUUCCAGCAUAUAAUGGACAAUAAAUUGGAGACGGAGCAGCGUUAUUGCAGUUUGGCCGAAUUUGUAGAAGGCAACGAUAUAGCGAGAAGGUCGUUCAAGCGACACCGACCAACGAAAACCACGAAAACCGAAGCGAACGUGACUAGACAGACCACAUUGGUGGAAGAGGCGGAUUUGCUGAAUCCGAGCACCAAAGGUAGCCAGACUAGUCUCAAUAAAUUGCAAAAGGAACUGUCUAAUAUAUCCCUAUCGAACGACGACAAAGAUAAAGACCAAGACGAAGGCUGUAAAUUCCCCCAAGUAAGCGUAAUAGUAGAACCCCCGUCUCCCGUCCUCACCGAGCAGAUGCGCUCCGAACGCCUGGAGCACAUCCGCGUAGAAAUCGAAGGCGAUAUCGAUCAUGACUUGGAGCUGCUAUGUUCAAAGGACCGCGACCGGCUCAGCGACAAAAGCAACGCCAGCAACAACAGCUCCAGCUCCAAUCUGCUCGGCAUCAGCCAGGAGGCGUUCCUGACGCGCUCGCCGGCCGCCACCAGGCGCAUAUCCUGCUGCAGCAUGCUGAACCCCGCCGAAGCGGCCGCGCUCGCCGCCGCCGCCGCCACCAGCAAAUUUUACGAGGCCGCCGCCGAGAAGAAGGACCCCGAUAAAAAAGAUAAGGAUAAGGACGAAAAAGAUAACAGGAAAUUGCCCAUUAUUAAUCCGUUGGUUAGGCUGCCUACCUGGCCCAACGUGAGCACGGGCGGCGGAUUCAUCAGUAAAUGCCUACUGGCCAACGCUGAUACUCUCUGCGCGGCCGUCAGUCCUCUAAUAGACCCCGACGAGACGCUGUCGGAGGGUUUCUACGAGCGCUGCGUGAUGAACAACUACUUCGGCAUCGGCAUCGACGCCAAGAUAUCGCUGGAUUUCCACCACAAGCGGGAGGAACACCCGGAGAAGUGCCGGUCGCGGGCGAAGAACUACAUGUGGUACGGCGUGCUGGGCAGCAAGCAGUGGCUGCAGAAGACCUACAAGAACUUGGAGCAGCGGGUGCAGUUGGAGUGCGACGGCCAGCGGAUUCCGUUGCCCAGUUUGCAGGGCAUUGUGAUAUUGAACAUUCCGAGUUUUAUGGGUGGAAUAAAUUUUUGGGGUACAACCAAAGAGGGUGAUAUAUUUCUGGCGCCUUCCUUCGACGAUAAGAUCCUUGAAGUAGUUGCUGUCUUUGGAUCGGUCCAAAUGGCGGCGUCUAGAUUGAUCAAUCUUCAACACCAUCGAAUAGCGCAAUGCCAGAGCAUUCAAAUAAACAUUUUGGGAGAAGAAGGAGUGCCGAUCCAAGUGGACGGAGAAGCCUGGAUCCAACCGCCGGGCAUCAUCCGCAUCAUCCACAAGAACCGCAUGCAAAUGCUCUGCAGAAAUCGAUCGUUGGAGAAUUCGCUGAAAUCGUGGGAGGAGAAGCAACGGCAGAGCAUCUCGGCGCAGGGCGCCAAGCCACGAGCUUCGAUCUCCCACGACAAGGGCCGCUCGAGCCUGACGCGACAGAGCAUGCCCUCGCACGAGAAAUCCUUCCUCGGCGUGAACAUCGAGAAGAUCCGCCAGCACUCCUUCAGCGGCGCCGUGCCCACCCAUCACCACGUCGAAAAGGAGAAGCUCACCGUCACGUUCGUCGACAAGCCGAUCGAGCGACCGGCCGAGCCCGACGUGCUCUUCACCGACGAGGAACGCCAUUUGCUGAUCAACUUCAUCGAAUGCGUCACCACCCUUACCAAGUGGAUUAAAAUGUUAGCAAUAAGUUAUAAUUUAGAGGUCGAUCUCUAUGCGCUGGCCAACAACGUGGACGGUUGUUUGGAACAAAUCCACCCCAACGGGAAAUUGCUGGAGGGGUCGCAGCUGCGCGACGAGUUCACCAAGCUGGUGCAAGCGGUGAAGCACCUCUACGAGGAGAGCUGCUGCCUGUUGCACGACAGAGGCGACAAGCUCAAGCUGCGCGAGGACUUGGAGAGCAAACUCAGCGCCACUCUGGCCAAUACCGAGCUCGAAUUGAGGAAGUGCGUCAUGUACGAAACUCCGGCGGGUAGCUUGGUCUACUUGCAAGCCCUUCAAGGAGACCAGGCGCACAAACGCAAAGGCCUGUUUUGGCUGAAGUUCCGGGCCAAGGGCUCGGCGUCCUCGCAACAGCAGAGUUCGCAGAAGCGCGAGGUGGCCUCGUGGGGCACCCAGGAGGUGGCCACUUGGCUGGAGACCCUCCAGCUGUCCGAGUACGUGGAGAGCUUCGAGAAGAACGACAUCCGCGGUCGCGAGCUGCUGACGCUCGCCCGCAGGGACCUCAAAGACCUCGGGGUCACGAAGGUGGGCCACGUGAAGAGAAUACUGCAAGCCAUCAAGGAUUUGACGCAAGGUUUAUAAGCUGUGUAGGAUGUAAUGUUAACGGUAACUUUUAGUAUUUUAUCCGGAUCUCAGUUCGAUGGGGCAAUGGUUUUUUCUUUUAAUAGAACACAUAUCGCGGUAUUCGUUCGAUUACCUACCUGAAUAAUCAUACAAAAGCAAUAUUAAGAGGUGCGGUUACUUAAACAAGUGAAUAUAUAAAUAGUACGUUUGCACAAUAGAAAUCUUAAAAGAAAUAAGCAUUGCGCUCUACCCUCUUUAAAUAUACCUGCAUGAAUGUACUGAUAUUGUAAGUUAUGUAAACAUGUACGACUUACUGUGAUUCUCCAAAAAAAACUUAGAGUUAAAGUAUUAGAUUUAAGUAGAUCUAUUAUAUAAAAAUGUUAUGAAAUACCUCUUCGGACAAAAAGAUAAAACCCACUCUAUAUUUCUUGGAAUUGUUGUAUUCCCCGACGUUUAAAUUGUACAUAAACGUUCAAAAUUUAUAACAUGUAAGGAUAUUAAUCUAAUUGUUGACCAAAAUUACUCAUUGCGCGUGGCAAUUUCCUUUUUUCGGAAAAACGAGUUUCUUACCGCGAACGGGCACGUAAGAAAUUGUGCUUUUCUUUCACAAAUUAGAAAAGAAAACAAUUAAUGACCUAUUAACCUAUAUUCUAAAUUAGAAAAGCAAUUAUCUAUCCCUUUAGCAAUACCUAGUUUAUAUCGAUUCUUUAGGGAACUGAAAUUGGCGCAGGGCAUUUAUAUAUAGGAUAAAAAAUUAAAUAAAUAGAGUAUAUAGUUAAAAUACGAUCGUAUUAUGCAGGAUGUCGUGGCUCAAUGGAAUUUUAAAUAAUUUACUGCGUCAUUUAAAAACAUAACUAUUAUAUGCAAUUUGUUAUUACUUGUAUAACGUAAGCUAUUUUUACACAAAAGUUUCUUGAAUAUACGCAAAAUAUAUUCAAUAAUAUACCGAUUCAAACGAGCUGGGACAACCUGCUUAGUUGUUUUUAAUUUAUUUAAAGCAAAAACGCACUUGUACGUUUAAGCUAGUAGGAAUAGUAUAACCGUGUAGCUUAUAAAGUUUAGAAAUCCCUAUAAAAGUUGCAAUAACCACGUGGGCAAGUAUUACCUAAGUAGUUCAAUAAAUGCCCUGUUGCCAAAUGGUAAGCCAAUUUUCUUCGAUCUUACGAAAGGGUUCGUUAAAAGCCAAUAUCAACGAAAUGUAGCGAUAAUUGAACAGCAUACGAGGGGUGUUGAUUGCAAAGCUGAACAAUAUCUCAUAAACGUUACAUCGCAAUAUAACAUCGGUUUAUUCUAGAAUUCUUAAAUGCGCAUCGAUUUCUUUUCUUAUAAGUACACUAUUUUCUGAGGUAACUGAUAUUGCACCACUUGCUAUUCUGUAUUUCUCGUACAUCGAUUCGAAUUUUCGCAAUGAAUCCGCAGGGAUUCUAUAAUAAACAAAUCCUGACACUUGUAAUUUUCUCCUCUUGUCGCUUUAUUGACACCGGCGAAGAAAAUUACUUUGGAUAUAAUAUAUUCACUUACUGUUUUCUUUGAGGACUGAUUUUUACUUUAAGCACACAGAAAGCACGGUUAAAUUAGCCAUAAAAUACAGCCAGAACAAAUCCCAUUAUAUUGAAAUUUGUAUUUUAAUGAGAAAAAUCAAGAUCCAACAUUUUCAGAAAUAUUCAACAAACAAUUCCCUAUUUUUCUUCUUAUGUUGGCUAAUUUCACUGGAGUAGAAAGGGAUAAAGGGCCCACGUACCGACUGAUUUUUGACACAAUAUUUGGCCACUGUAUGUACUAUAAAAAUAGCAGAACUUGUUGCAAUAAUAGAUUUCAAUGUUUUAAGGAAAAAAACAGUUCUCGAAUUUGCUUCGCAUCAGCGCAGACAAUCUAUAAAAAAUAAUUAUUAUGAAUGUAGUAACCCUGUAUUAAUGUUGUAAGAAGUGUAUAGGUUCGUCCGGAAUCUUCAACGUUUGUUCCGGACGCCCUGUAUAAUUUCGAAGUGCAUAUCUAAAUCAAUAGAAAAUCAACUUUUGAGGAAGUCGAUUCAUUUGAAUUAAUCACGAAUAAGUUCCGGAGUUUCCGACGCAAAAUGUUUAGACCAAAUUGUACAGGUUGGACCAAAUAUGCGUUUUUUAUAAUAAAUAUUGCUGCAGGAAAAGGCACAGGGUACUGAAGUCGGAAAGAAGCACAAUAUAUGGAAGGAAAGGACAUGUUUUAUCCGUUUAAAAUUUACUCGUCGAUUAAUUUGCAUUGUGUAUUUGUAUUUUUUUCUGUUGAAUUUUAAAAUACACAACUGUACAUUUCAUUUAAUUCAAAGGGACCAACCACACGAACCAAAGGAUAACUUAUCCCUUAACAGAGGAUCCAUUAUAACUAAAUCAUUUUUGUCUGCAAAUAAUAACCAAUGAUAAUUUAAUUACUUACGCAUUUUUAGUAAUAAAAAUAAUAUCUUGUAACAAUCGAAGGCGAAAAUAGGGAAUUGAUCAGCAAUAAUUAUGUUUAAUUUAAUUAUCACCGCGUGAGAAAUACUUUUUAAAGGGCUUCCUUAAAAGAUUAUUUUAUUUGUUGUAAAUGGAGAUUUAGCUGUUAGAUGUUAUGUAGAUUAGUUGUAUUUAUUCAAAUAAUUAUUAUUUAUUAUGACAUAAAACUAAUAAUUUCCGUACUAAAGUAAUGUUCUAGCGCUAGAUUAAGAAUUAUUGAUACUUUAUCUUCGAAAUUAUUAGCUCUAAAUAUACAAAGGUGCUUCAAAUAGGCGAGUGAUAAACCACACAAAAAACUUGUCUGUUUUAUCAUUUGCUAAAAAUAUUUUGACACACCUGGUAUAGUGUGAGAAGUAGAAUAUUCUCCAACAUCCUAAUAUUCGAGAAAUUCGAAAUCCCAUUGACAAGUAACUUGUUUUACCCCAUUGCCUUCUCAUGUCAACCUUACAGAUAUGAGUUUUGUCUUCGCAGAACCUGCUAGGGCAUGUUCUUAAAACUGUGAUUCAAUUUAACGUGUAUUUUAAAAAAUAAUGUUUUACCCUUUAAGUUGACGCAUCUUGUUCCAAUAUGCAUAAUAAUAACUACAAGCAAUGUAUUUUAUACGACAAAAUGAUUGAAUCUCAUUUGAGAAUUCUUUUUUUCGACGCGGAUCAAUGAAUGUAUUGCUUAUUUUUAUCGUUGAAAAUUGUUUCUAAAUUGUUAAUGAAUGCUAAAAAAUUCUAGCAAAAGUUUUAGAUUAGUUAAUCGCACUUAUUUUAUUGGAUAUAUGAACACUGAUUUGAUUAACGGCUUUGCUACAAAAUUUCAAACGCUUCUGCAUUCACGUAAAUAUUUGCCAAAUUUAGCAAUGAAAAUAGUAUUUCAUCAUCAAAAUUAGUACAACUUGAAUAGAUUCGAGCAAUACAAUUUUUAUUAGUUUCCCGGCAAAAUUCAAAUCAUUUCGCAAUGAAAAUUAAUAGUUGUUAUUAAAUUAGAACAAGCACGACAGGCAAACAAACUUGAACUCAUUUUCCAUCUUCCAAUACCACCUAGUUUUCGUGUACUUCCAAAUAAAAAAGGUACUUAUUUUGCUUGAACGAUUUGAUGCAUAAGAAAACUUACAUUAUUAACUAGGAUUAAGGUUUUUAGUGAUAUAUUCCAUAGGUGUAGAUAGUAUUAAUAUUUAUUUUGAUAUUUUUAUAACCUUUAAUAAACUCUUUCUUCUGCCAAUAGCCCUUGCCGCGUUAUCUGUAAGCAUUUCAUCAAAUACAAUCCAAAAAAAAAACAAAUAUUUUUGAGGAAAUCUAUUUGCAACAAAUCCAAUUUACGAUAAUUCGGCCUUUGAUGGUAUUUAUUACAAUCGCGGGAGGGCUAUGCGGCGAGGAAGGCGGAUUAUUGGGUACAGCGAAAGCACUCAAGGAAUUUUGAAACCCUCUUUUUUAUAAGUUCACUUUAUACAAAUGUUGUAAAUUUCGUUUUAAAAAAUGUGUAUACCUUCACAAAUAAAAAAUAUAUAUAUUUACCUCACGAUCUAGAUUUAUUUAUGCACAUUUCUAAUCUUUCCAAUGUGUUGCGUUUGCCUAAUAUCGACAUCAUUUCCGCUACGCUGGGACCUUCCUGAAACGUAAAUAAGCAUAUUAA